CCAUUUGCACACAGCACACCUAAAGUUGAGGACUUGAGACUUCUUCUGCACCACUUUCCCGAGCGCGGCGCAUCGACGCAGCAGCCUCCCGUCGACAUGCGCGCGGAUUCCCCCCGGAUACUAUGCAGAAACAUUGUGCACAGGUUGAUUUGAAAUAAAGGAAAAAGAAAAGAAAAAGCGCCAGAUCUGCCGAGGGGGAAAAAAACCCCCGCAUCUCCUCGCCACAUCGAGGCACCCGACGAGAUACGAUAUAUAUAUAUAUAUAUAUAUUUUUUUUUUUUGGUUUGCUUUUGGAUAUGGGUCACUUCUUGUAGCAGGAUUCUUCGCGGGCAGGAGGAAAAGGGGAAUUUGCUCUGAAGCCCGUGGACCUAAGCAGGCCCGAGGGCUCUGACAUAUACCAAAUCCCUGCCCACGGGAACCCGGGAGAUUAAAAACGUCUGAUUGAGGUGGAGAGGGAAAGAGAAGCAGAGAGAGAGCUGAGCGAAAGGGGACACGGAGAGAGAACCUUUGUUCUCCCGAAUACCCCAAGUGGAGGAUCUCCAUGGAGAGGGGGGGCGUGUGAAUGACAACAGGCACGAGAGCAGCUGCUGCCCUCCGCCGCGGUCAGGCGAUGGAGUGAGGAUCAGAUCCGGUGAAAGAGCCAAGCUCAUAUUCUAUAUUAAUUGAAUGCCUGGGACAGAGGAGAGACAUGAGAGGAGCCUUUUCUGGGCCAACUGCUUCCGGAGGUGUUGCAAUUGACCCUCUGGCCAUCAUAGAAUAAUACCUGGCUCCUGUUCUCUUCUGAUCGCCGGGUGUCGGUUGAACGGGGGGGGGUGGGGGUGGCGGGCGGAUGUGUUGGCAGGCCGUGGUCAUGUUUCAACCCUCGGCGUCUCGACCGGAUCGGACCGGCCGUCGACGACAUGGCCUGCUCCUGCCGCUGCUGCUGCUGCUCCUCUACGGCUCUCUGAAGGCCGCUCAGGCUGCCAAGCCCAAGGGGCCCGGACACACGCAUCUGAACUCCAUCCGCAUCGACGGGGAUAUCUCCCUGGGCGGCCUCUUCCCGGUGCACGCCAGGGGCCACGACGGCAAGGCGUGCGGCGAGCUGAAGAAGGAGAAGGGCAUCCACCGGCUGGAGGCCAUGCUCUUCGCCCUUGACCGCAUCAACAAUGACAAUAAUCUGCUGCCCAACAUCACGCUGGGCGCGCGCAUCCUGGACACCUGCUCCCGGGACACCCACGCCCUGGAGCAGUCGCUCACCUUCGUGCAGGCUCUGAUCGAGAAGGACGGGACGGACGUCAAGUGUCUGGGCGGCGGCGCGCCCAUCAUCACCAAACCCGAGAGGGUGGUGGGCGUCAUCGGAGCGUCGUCCAGCUCCGUCUCCAUCAUGGUGGCCAACAUACUGCGCCUGUUUAAGAUACCGCAGGUGAGCUACGCCUCCACGGCCCCGGAGCUCAGCGACAACACCCGCUACGACUUCUUCUCCCGGGUGGUGCCUCCGGACACCUACCAGGCCCAGGCCAUGGUGGACAUCGUCAAGGCCAUGCGCUGGAACUACGUCUCCACGGUGGCCUCCGAGGGGAACUACGGCGAGAGCGGCGUCGAUGCCUUCAUCCAGAAGUCUCGGGAGGACGGUGGCGUGUGCAUCUCCCAGUCAGUCAAGAUUCCCCGGGAGCCCAAGCAAGGCGAGUUCGACAAGGUCAUCCGGCGACUCAGAGAGAACCCGAACGCACGAGUCGUCAUCAUCUUUGCCAACGAAGAUGAUAUCAGGCGGCUACUCCAUGCGGCUAAAAAGGCGAACCAGACGGGUCAUUUCAUCUGGGUGGGCUCGGACAGCUGGGGCUCAAAGAUCUCGCCGGUUGUGCACCAGGAGGAGAUGGCGGAGGGGGCCGUCACCAUCCUGCCCAAGCGCCAGUCCAUCAGAGGGUUUGAUCGCUACUUCAUCAGCCGAACGCUGGAAAACAACAGACGCAAUAUCUGGUUCGCCGAGUUCUGGGAGACCAACUUCAACUGCAAGCUCAGCCGCCACGCCGUGAAGAAAGGGUCCGGCCUCAAGAAGUGCACAAAUCAGGAGCGGAUAGGGAAGGAUUCGACGUAUGAGCAGGAAGGGAAGGUGCAGUUUGUUAUCGAUGCCGUUUAUGCAAUGGCACACGCCCUGCACAACAUGCACCAGGAGCUCUGCCCGGGGAAAGUGGGCCUCUGCGCUAGGAUGGAUCCUAUCAACGGCACUCAUCUGCUGAAGCACAUCCGCCGUCUGAACUUUGCAGGCAUAGCUGGCAACCCCGUGCUCUUCAACGAAAAUGGAGACGCCCCCGGACGCUACGAGAUCUACCAAUACCAGAUCCGAAACCGAACGGCCGAAUAUAAAAUCAUCGGCCACUGGACGGAUCAGCUGCACAUGAACGUUCGCUCGAUGCAGUGGCCCGGCGGUCUCCGUCAGAUCCCUUCCUCAAUCUGCAGCCAGCUCUGUCGGCCCGGUGAGCGCAAGAAAAUCGUGAAGGGCAUCCCCUGCUGUUGGCACUGCGAGCGCUGCGAUGGUUAUCAGUAUCAGGCGGACACCUACACCUGUAAGAUGUGUCGCUUUGAUUUGCGGCCCAAUGAGAAUCACACGGGGUGCGUCCCCAUCCCCAUUGUUAAGCUGGAGUGGAGCUCUCCGUGGGCAGUCAUCCCGGUGCUUAUUGCCGUACUUGGCAUCAUGGCCACGCUGUUUGUGGUGGUCACGUUCGUCCGCCACAACGACACUCCCAUUGUGAAAGCGUCGGGCCGGGAGCUGAGCUACGUGCUGCUAACUGGCAUCUUCCUCUGUUAUGCCACAACGUUCCUGAUGAUCUCCACCCCCGACGUGGGGAUCUGCUCCCUGCGGAGGAUCUUCCUGGGUCUGGGGAUGAGCAUCAGCUACGCUGCCCUGCUCACCAAAACCAAUCGCAUUUACCGCAUCUUUGAGCAGGGCAGCAUGUCCGUGAGUGCGCCCCGGUUGAUUUCUCCAGCCUCCCAGCUGGUCAUCACGUUCACCCUGGCGUCGGUGCAGCUGCUCGGGGUGUGCAUCUGGUUCGGCGUCGACCCCUCCAAGGCCAUUAUUGACUAUGAGGACCAGAGGACGUCUAACCCCGUGCUGGCUCGUGGCGUGCUCAAGUGUGACAUCUCUGACCUGUCUCUCAUCUGCCUGCUGGGCUACAGCAUGCUGCUCAUGGUCACCUGUACAGUCUACGCCAUUAAAACCAGAGGGGUGCCCGAGACCUUCAAUGAGGCCAAACCCAUCGGUUUUACCAUGUACACCACCUGCAUCAUCUGGCUUGCAUUCAUCCCGAUCUUCUUUGGCACUUCACAGUCCACGGAAAAGAUGUACAUCCAGACGACCACGCUGACCAUCUCGGUGAGCCUGAGCGCCUCGGUGUCCCUCGGCUUGCUCUACAUGCCCAAGGUCUACGUGGUCCUCUUCCACCCCGAGCAGAACGUGCCCAAGCGCACGCGCAGCCUCAAGGCCGUGUUCACCGCCGCCACCAUGUCCAACAAAUUCAACCCCAAGGCCGGACUCAGACCCAACGGAGAAGCCAAGACCGAGCUGUGCGACAGCCUCGAGACGCAAACAUUCCCAACAAAGCAAACCUACAUCAGCUACAGCAACCACGGAAUCUAGUUCCAAGAGACACACGCUCUUAUCAUAAUUCAGGAUUUCCACCCCCCCUGACGGAUGGAGAAGAAAGACGUGCUGUGGAGCUUCACAUGGCCAGGGGAAAUGGAAGAAAAAAGAGAAGGAGAAGAAAAAAAAAAAAAGGAUGUGUCAUCGUACGGGUGGAUAACGGAGACGCAUAGCCCUGAGACACGACAUGGUGAGGAGAGACCACAAGGAGGUGCAGGGAUGAACAGGGGACACACAGGACCAGGACAGACAACAGUACAUGUAUAAGGAUCCAUCUUCUGUUCCGUCUGCGCCACAAGAGCACACACACGAACACACACACACACACACACACACACACACACACGCACACACACACACACACACACACACACACACACACAAACACACACACACACACACACACCCAGGGAAAAAAAAAAGGAUAAUGAAAAAUACUUGCAUGGCAGAGGCCUGGAGACUGAAGGACAGAGCUUUUCCUUUUGAGUGUUUGCAUUUCAGCUAUGGCCUCAUUCAAAGACUCCUCCGUCGUUCCCGAGCAGCGCCGACUGAAAACCGGACUAGAAUCAACGAUACGUUCAGGCGGUCCUCAAUGUCGUCUGCCACUUUUGCGAACUAUGAUUAUUCAAAAAAAAAAAAAAAUCCUCAAGGGAUUUAAUCAUCACCAGAAAGCCAUGGCAACGUGCUCCGUGGAUUUCCAAGAGGGUUUUUUUUUAUUCAUUUUUUAUCAUUAUCUCUCAAUGUUUUCUGGUCUCAUGAGUCAAAUGACUGGGGGGGAAAAAAAACGCUGAUCAUCUCAACAGUGCAACAAAAUCUGUACCAGACCAUGUCAUUUUUUGGGUUUUCUUUUCUUCUUCCAUGUUUCGAGUGACCUGACCAGAAUGGCUACACGUACAGGACGACCUCUGCCGAGUUUUGAGCAUGCCCGUUUUAACAUCCUGUGUUGUGUUGUUUAAAAAGAAAAAAGAAAAAGGAAAAAAAGAAUUACCAAAAACGGCAAAAAACUAUAUAUUUGGAAUGCGUUUUAUCUCUGUUGCAGCGUCGUUAACCAUUGUUUGGGCCUGAGCCCGUUGUGCGUUACAAACUGUUCUGAAAUGGUGAAGGUCUAGUGAGUGAUUGUUUAUCUGUGCUUAAGUGAGGCCGCCGUCAUGAACCGUAUUACCAGCUAGCCCGAGACUGCCACUCAGCACACACCUGUAUGUGCACCGAAACAAGCCGCGGCCGGUUCAAAUAAACCCGUUAGUCGAGCUAGGGGCAGUCAGUGACCCCCCCCCCCCCCCCCCCCCCACCCCCACAUCACUGCCACCAGCCGCUCUCUUGGUCACACAGAGUGUGAGGGUAUUUAGGAGGGGAAUUAAGAUGAAGUAUGCCCCUGAGAGGACAGUGCAAUAUGCCCCGAAGGUGAUAUCCAUAAUGGACCAGCCCCUGAGAAAAUCCAUUACUCUACAUGUCCUCCUCAGGCACUUUCAUGAUGGGGAGGCGGCGUCGGGAAGUUGUAAGGCUUUUCGACAAAUGGAAAUCUAAUUGCUAAAAGUAUCCAAUAUCUCACCCUGAGCUCGCCGAACAGAUUAAUAGUUGGCUUUGUGCAGUAUAAAAAGCCCUCUAAUGUCUUGGGGGGGGGGGAAAUAUCGCGGGGUCAUUUGUGUUGUGAAUUCAAUGCCGCUUCUCAUGCCUCCCUCUGUAUUACUUUCCAACACCAUUUGUGUUGCCGAAUAAAAUUGUGAGUGCUGACCAAAAUUAAGUGGCAAGUUAAUGUAUGUUAUUAAAUAGAUUGAUGAUGUCUGCUUUAUGUCCUGACAUAUCCGAAAAAAUUGGGGAAAAGUGUACAAAAAAGAUACAGUGCCUGGCUAUCUGACUAUGUAUUUGUAAAACCUCAUGAAAACUAAUGUCUGAAGCAUGUUUAGUUUCUUUCUUUCUCUUUUUUAUACAAAAUUUUUAUUUCUAUUAAAAAUGUUUCAAAACUUC